AUGGCAGAUCUGGUGCCACUGGAAUCGGUGCUAAAAGAAGCCGACCCAGCGGGCCUUCUUGGCGAGACUGAUGUCCAGUCUCUAGCUACGGCAGUGCGCCGCGCACUCACUAGCUGGACACUCAAGUGGCCGAAGGCAACCUGUCCCGCCUGUGGCCAGCACGUCUGCCAGGUGCCAGCGAAGGCUCGGCAAGCCCUGGUGCUGGGCGUGGAUGGGCUUCACAAGGCGCAGCACAUACCAAGCAGAUGCCGCCAUAAGAACUGUGCUCGUCAAGGUUCUUACGUUUGGCAUAAUUUCACAGUGUUCCAGCGGUGCCAUCGGGAAUGGACGCUGGUGGACAAGACGCUACCCUCUGUCAUUAUGAUAUCUCCGACUUUCGGGAUUACUCGCGGCUGGUACAUGCAGUUCUCUCGGAGACUCGCUGUUCAUUUCUCGUCAUUCUGGGGCGAAGCUAAAGUUCACUGGGCACCAGCAUGGAAGAAGCGGAUUUCUUUCAAUCGCUUCAAGCUGCGAAUAGAGGAAGCUUGGUUCAAGACCCGUAUAUUAGUGCGGGUUCUGCAGCUGCCCAGCCCCUGCGCUGACUGUUGGGAUCUGUCUGCCACGCUGGAGAAGUCCGUGGAGCGCUUCAAGCCCCAGUACGAUGCGCUAAUGCGUACACGGCGGCGUGACCAGGCGUGUCACCGUGGCCAACAGGUGACAGGCCUCGUCCUGGAUGGUCAUGUCAAGGCAGGCCGCCGACGGCGGUGUGGGGUGCCCCUCAUCCACGGCCUCUGGUGCAAGCCGUUGCAAGCGUGGUGCCUCACGAACUGUCCCGACACUCCAGCGAGAAAGUCACUGCUGUGUCAGCACCAUGCGGAGAUGGCGCAAAUGGACGAGGCUGACCCGAUCCGUGUUCAGAUUGUUGACGUCCAGCGGAAACAACCUCUGUCUCAGCGAAAGACAGAUUUGCUGGCCGUCCGUGUGAGACAGAGUGGCACUGACCGUCUGCGGCACCAUGACCUCCGCAACUGCACUCAAGCGUGGACAGCAGCCAUCCAGCAGCACCUCUGCAAAUGUGCAGCUUCGCUGCCUGACAGUGCUGCAGGCAUCAGAGCUGCUGCUGAUGCAGACGGCGAUGACCAGUUCCAGGGCACAGUGUUCCACGACGACCUUACUCUGCAAGAGUUGAAGGAUCUCACCUGCCGCACGCACAAGCACGGCAGUACCAGCAGCAACCAGAAGACUCCGUGCCGGAACAAGAAUGGGGGUUUGCUGGUGGCGUGCCACUCCAAUGGUCUUAUUCUUGACCUGACGGAGUUCCACGGAGCUGCGUCACUUCCUCAGCGCUACUGCUUUCUGGCACGUCUCAAAGAGACGUUUCCCUCGCUCCGUGUGGUGGUCCACGAUGACGCAUGUCAUCUCCGUCAAUUCGCAGACAACCGUGCCACGUGGAAUUCCAUGGCAGCGAGCCUGGCAUUUCCCAACGUGCGCUACAUCGUGGACAAAUUUCACGCACGUGGCCAUGUUGAUGAGUGGUGCAGGCUGAACUGCCAUCCUGGCCUAGAGGAGAAUAAGGCUUGCGUGGAGGAAAUCAACACUUCCAUCUGCGAGAUCACAUUUUCAUGGCUGGCUCGAUUCAAGCAAAUGACCCGCAAGAUGAACCGUUUUACAUACUGGUUUUUUGUCCAGGAAGUAGUGGACGAGCGCAAUUGUCAGACACUUGACAGCUGCGCCCCACACAAUGCAGCUGUUCAGUUCCCUCCUCCUACAAGAAGCCAGCAAGAGUCCGACAGCGAGGCCGAGUCUGUAUCCGACUCUGCCACUGAGACUGGCAGCGAGCAUGAUUCGUCCAGCAGUGAAACCGGUUCUGCUGCCUGA